UUUCUCGACCAGUCCGGUUCAUCGCUGAGCCACCCGUUGUAGUUUCUCGCGUGGCAAGUCUUGAAUCCACUUGAACAUCCGAAGCUGGGUGGGUGGUUCCUAACCGGCAACCGAUAUUCGUUCAACCACCAGGAAAUACGGAGAUUUGUUUUUUUCCGGGUCAAGCGUGGAGUUGUUGUAAUCCGCGCCGGGAUAGUGCUACCACAACCCAACAGAGUGGCGCUCCACAGGGAGACAACCCGAAGUGGUGUAAUUUUGGUGUCAUCCCGCUGCUACCAGGUGCGUUAGUUGUGAAAUAAUGAAAAUUAGGUGCGAGCGGAUAAACGGAGCAGCAGUGGGGACCAACAGCAACGAAGGUGGAAGAUGCUCUCAUGGCAUUUCUUAACGUGCGUGAUUGGAAUUCUUUUCUGCCACGGAUGUUUCCUAACAAUAGCUAAUGCAAACGUACUGCACAACGUGUUGGGUCUUCCGUCGACCUGUCUCCACCAGAACGUUGUUCGCCAGUGUCGCCUAUCGUUUUCCUGUUGGCUCGAAGGGGGUCGCCAUGUACCCGGAUGCGGAGAUAACCGAUGGCUGCUCUCCUGCUGUGUUAAAGAUAACGAUCUGCAGACCGCACCAUCGAUUAUCAGCUCGAAACUAGCUUACGCUGCUCCCAUUCGGCCGGGAAAUGCGGUGGCAGCAUUGGGUCCACCAGUUUCAGUCGCCCCAUCGAAGGCCCACACGUACAAUGGGUCCAAGAAAAAUAGCUUCUUCCGGCGUCGUUCGGAUCAGGUGGGAUUGACGGCUGAAUGCGGAAUUCCACGUACCGCACAAAAUACCCUGCAGAAACGCAUAAUCGGCGGUCGAACGGCCAACUUUGCCGAAUACCCAUGGCAGGCACACAUACGAAUAGCCGAGUAUCAAUGCGGGGGAGUCUUGGUGUCGCGAAUGUUUGUAGCAACGGCAGCUCACUGUAUUCAGCAGGCGCGACUCAAAGAUAUCGUAAUUUAUUUGGGAGAACUUGACACCCAGAAUUCGGGCAAAAUUGCCGAGCCACUGCCGGCGGAGAAACAUCGGGCGGAGCUUAAGAUCGUACAUCCGAUGUUCGUGUUCCGGAUGACCCAACCCGAUCGGUAUGAUUUGGCUUUGUUGCGGCUCACCAGGCCGGCGGGCUAUAAGACGCAUAUUUUGCCGAUCUGCUUGCCAACUAAGCCCGUGGAGUUGGUGGGAAGAAAAGGUGUUAUAGCUGGUUGGGGGAAGACCGACACUAAUAUGGGACAAACCGGAACGAAUAUUCUCCGAACGGCGGCGGUGCCGAUUAUUAGUACAAAAGAAUGUCUUCGGUGGCAUAAGAGUAAACAUAUCAAUGUUGAGCUCUUCAACGAAAUGUUUUGUGCCGGUCACUCGGAUGGUCACCAGGAUGCUUGUUUAGGUGACUCCGGAGGACCGCUGAUAAUCAACGAUAGGGGCCGAUUCACCUUGAUUGGAAUUACUAGUGCCGGCUUCGGCUGCGGUGUGGACCAUCAGCCGGGAAUUUACCACAACAUCCAGAAAACGGUCAAGUGGAUCCAGAGUGUGAUAUAUGCGGCGAGCUGAGAGAAGUGAAACAUAAAACUAUAGCAAAUAAUGUGGUGCUGAAGCUGGAAUUAUCAGUAUUUUGUUUUUUAAUUUUUACAGAGAUUAUAACUUAUUAAACUAUGAAUAGUGAGCAAAACGCACUACUACUAUUACUGCUACUAGCGAAAUAUUAUUAUUUACUCUCAGAACUGAAUGUGAUUAGCGGUUUUUAAUCUCGACGGCGGAAUAAGUAAUGCUUUCUUUGCAAUUCAUGGGUGAUACUAUUUGCUAUUGGUUUUUACUAGAACAUUCUAUCUACAACAGUUCCACUCGAUGUCAGCUCUUUUUUAGCUUCAAUAUUUUAGAGAAAUAGAUGGUAUAAGCAAUUGGUAGUUAAUA